AUGAAGUUGGUGAAGAUUCUUAUUUUCAUUUUUGUUUGGAUUGCUCGUUCGACUGGUAAGUUCCACGCAGGGGACUCGUUGCUGAUAUUAGAUUCACAAUUAAUCUAAUUAGAUUAACGCUUUCGCACGGUCUCCAGAGCUGACAAUAUGGGCGUGGCCUCGGCCAAAUGGCGUUUUCAUGAAUUGAGCAAGUUUUCUCUGAUUUUUGUGGUCAAAGGCGAUGAAAAAUGAUUGUUCGACAUGAAAACACACUAAUUCUUAGAAUUAAUGACGUUUUGGCGCAUUUUUCGCGUAUUUCGUUUUUUCGCCUUCGCCGCCGAUCGCCGCCUAAAAAACCGCACUUCUCAUUUUGCGCUUUCUUGACCGUUUUCAGACAGAAUUUGUUUUGAGAAUGAUAAAUCACGUAAAUACAAGCAUUUUGAGCGCUCGAACCGCGAAAACUACCGAAAAGCAACUGAAAUUCACGCAGUUUUAGCCAAAAACCUUCAAACGGAUAAAUGUGAUUUGCGACUUGACCAAAUUUAAUGCUCUUGCGCUUAAAAAAUUUGUAAUAGCCUAUGUAUCGCUCUAUUGGGCGGGGCGCACUUGCGCCCAUUGUCAGCUCUGGAGACCGUGUUUCGAUCAAAGUGUUAAUCUAAUUAGAUGACUUAUGAAUUUAAUUAGAUGAAUUGUGAAUAUAAUAUAUUUUCUUUGUCAAUCUAAUCAGACAAAUUUUGUUUUGUCAAUCUAAUUAGAAAAUAUAUCAGUCUAGCUAGAACAAUUUUCAAUCUAAUCGCAGUAAAUUAGCAAUCUGAUUAGGGCCGGUUAUAAACGCGAAUUAUUAUAGGCGCACCGCACAGAAAUGGCGCUCUGUUGAGAAACUCUUUUUGCAGUGCAAAUUGAGCGACCUCGGGGCCGAGUUUGAAAGGUUAGGCCACAUUUUCAGUGGAAAAUUACUUCGCGGCCUAGAAAUUCGGCCAGAUUGCGAACAGCGCGCCCUUUCUGUCCGGUGCCCCUAUAAUAGCUAGCUUGUAACUUUCAAAUAUCCCCUUUAAAGACCGACUCAAUUUUUUGUCUCUACAAAACAGGCAAAAUCAACUUUUUCUUUGUCUAGACUUCCUGCCGAACACCUGUUUGGCGGGAAUUCUUGCUCGGCAGUGUUGGUGAGAAUGUGCGCAAACUUUACGCAAUUUCUACUAGAACUUUUAUAACAUUUUUUAAAGUUAGCGCUAAAAUUGUAGAGACCCUUAAAGUCUGCGCAAAAACUGCCUAAAGUUUGCGCUAAAAUUGCAUCACGUUUUUCAGAAUUUCCGCAAACUUUAUGGUCCCCCACAAUUUUAGCGCAAAUCUUAACCCAAUUUUUGCGAAAAGUUCUCGUAUAAAUUCCGUAUAAAAAUAGUGGACUUCUCUCGAAAAAGUUGUAUUUGUUGCUGAUAAUUUCAGAAGCUGUGCCUCCCAAGUCUAACUCAGAUCUCAUUUCGUUGGAUAAUCAGCUGCCAAGCAAGACGAACCACAGGGAAACAGAAAAAGAUGGAGUAAACUUCAUGCAACCACCUCCUAAUGCAAAAUUCACAAAAGGAUGGUCUCCCACCGAAAUACGAUUGUCCCAAGAUUCCUCUUCAAAUGGAUAUAAUGGCAACAUCAGAAACAAGGAUUCGACGAAUGUGGCUAGUUUUCCAUGAUACUCCCUUGUUAUGUCAGAGAUGAACGAUUAAUUUUCAACAAGUUUAAGAAGUUUGAAUACUUUUAUUUGAAAAUUGUGUAGUUGUUUUUUUUUUUAACUUUUUAGGUUUUUAUGAAAACUAAUCCCCCAGCAACUUAUUUUUACAUCUGCACCACCUAAACGUUGUUUCAGCUCGGGUUUUAGUUGAGAUGUUUAAAAAGUGUGAAGUUGAGAAGUCAACUUUUCCACAUACAGUUUGAUUGCCUCUAUUUAUCGUAAGAACUAGUCUACACUCUCAGAGUUUGACCAGAAUUUGCUCGUCUGUCUGCAAAUAUUUCAUUGUGAGUGAAUGACUAACCUUCGAGAUAUGUUCAUUCAGAACCGUUCGAUUUCAAAAUGUAUAGAUCUUUACCAGGUUAGUAAACGGCAAUUGCUAUCAGAAUGAAGAUUUAAUAACUGAAUAUAAAUUUGACUGUGGGAAAUUGUUUAGACGCGACAUAAGUUAUCGAGUGUUUACUUUUUCAGUGAUUCCUAACUACUUUACUAGAAGUCGUGAAGUCAUAGCUUCUUAACGAGAAGAUACAUCAAAAAAUGAUCAACAACAGAAAGAAAGAUAUUCUUCUGCCCACCAAGAUUGUAGUUGAGCGUUUUUCUUCAAUCGUUCACAGGUUAUGAUUGUUAUACUCUGGGAACGCGAUCUAAUUAAAUCACAUUGCGAUCUAAUACUCGAGUUCUACGGCGGCCUAAUAAGAUUGAUAUGACACCUAAUUAGAUUAAUAAAUUGUCUAGCUAGAUUAAUAAAUCUUCUAAUUAGAUUGAUAUGUGCUCAAAUCGAGUUUCACGCCAACCGUCUGCUGGCUCAAAUCUCGAUUGCGCCAAGAAAAAACAGUCGAAUCUAAUUAGGUCGCGUUUAGAUCAGUAACUUUCUAAUCAGAUUAAUAUCGAAUUGCCAGAGUUCAAUUAAAUCUGAUUAGAUUGCGAAAUAGAGCUUUUUCUUAUUAGAUUGGAAACUCUUCUAAUUAGAUUGCAAUCGAGUUUCCAGAGUAAUGGAAUCAAUACCAAAUUAAUAUUAUACAGUUCAAGGAGUGGUCCUUCCUUGUUAGGACAGUCUAGAAAGUACAUGUAUAAUAGCAACCAAAUCGAAGCAUUCGGAACUUUUAUUGUCAGACCUUUCUGUCAGAGACGGUCUCUUAAUCAUCUAUUAGUGUAAUGCUGUCUCAUCCCUCGAAAAGCACGAGAAUGAUAAUAUUCUGAUGUGAGCAUCUUUUUUCUGUUUCAGGCGUCUCCUGUCGAUACAACACACAUUAUUCUCCAUCUCACUUUGAUUUUCGGUGGAUUAUUAUCUAACACUUGCCUUCAUUUUAUGUUUUCUGGACGACCCAAAUUAGGAACUGCGAGGUGAGGGUAUAUAUUGCCUAAAAAUGAGAAAAUUUCAUAUCCUCUGGGAACUCGAUCGCAAUCUAAUUAGAAAACUUUGCAAUGUAAUACGAAAUUGUUUGAAAUAGAAUUUGCUUCAAUUAGAUUGCAAAAUCUUCUAAUUAGAUUACAAUCACUGCAAUUUUUCUAAUUAGAUUGCAAUGUUUUCUAAUUAGAUUGCAAUUUUUUCUUAUUAGAUUGCAAUUCAGGAAAAAUAUAUUAUAAUCUAAUACUCUGGCAUUUCGUUAUUAAUCAUAACGGCGGCCUAAUAAGAUUGAUAUGACAUCUAAUUAGAUUAAUAAAUUGUCUAGCUAGAUUAAUAAAUCUUCUAAUUAGAUUAAUAAGUGCUGAAAUCAAGUUUCACGCCAACCGUCUGCUGGCUCAAAUCUCGAUUGCGCCAAGAAAAAACAGUCGAAUCUAAUUAUUAUAGGGGCACCGGACAAAAAGGGCGCGCUGUUCGCAAUCUGGCCGAAUUUCUAGGCCGCGAAGUAAUUUUCCACUGAAAACGUGGCCAAACUUUUCAAACUCGGCCCCCAGGUCGCUAAAUAUGCACUGCAAAAGAGUUUCUCAACAGAGCUCCAUUACUGUGCGGUGCCCCUAUAAUAGGUCGCGUUUAGAUCAGUAACUUUCUAAUUAGAUUAAUAUCGAAUUGCCAGAGUACGAUUUUACUGGAAUUUCAAUUAAAUCUGAUUAGAUUGCGAAAUACAGCUUUUUCUUAUUAGAUUGCAAAUUUUUCUGAUUAGAUUGCAAUCGAGUUUCCAGGGCUCUUUUUCAACCGUUUUCUCGCAUCAAGUUUUUUGAAGUUUUCAUGGCUCGUUUCGAAAAAUACCGUAGUUUAGUGGUGUACAGUAACAUUCGUUCAGCUGUGCGCGUCCCGUUUUUCUGUAUAAGUUUCUGCAAUCUUCGGACUCCAAAAUCGGCAUUUAAUUCCGAGGGUACAACAAUUUUGGGGCACAACAGGGUACAACCUAUUUUAGGGUACAACUUUUUUAAUUUUGGGGUACAACUUCCCCGAUUUUAGGGAAUAAUUUCUGUCAAGUAUUUUAGGGUACAAUAAUUUUAGGGUACAACACUUUUAGGGCACAACUAGCACAUAAUUUCAGAACACAACUUCUUACAAUUUUGGGGCACAACAACAUGAUUUUAGGGUACAACACUUUUUUUUCUCAUUUUUUUUUUGUAUUUUCUUGCAUUUUACUACUACUUAUUUCAGAUCCGUUCAUUUGUGCUCAACUUGUUACUGUCAUAUGCUUUUUUGCAAUAAAAGGUUUUGAAUAACCUCACUAUUUGGUGAAAACAAAAUGUGUGAACUGCCGCAGAAAGCACGAGUCGAAAGACUGGUUCUCUUACAAGAGAUGAGUCAUUGAAAUAAAAAAAUCAGCGAAAUAUUUAUAUAAAAAGAAUAUGGGUUUGUAGUAAAAUGCAAGAAAAUACAUAAAAAUGAGAAAAAAAAGUGUUGUACCCUAAAAUCAUGUUGUUGUGCCCCAAAAUUGUAAGAAGUUGUGCCCUGAAAUUAUGUGCUAGUUGUGCCCUAAAAGUGUUGUACCCUAAAAUUAUUGUACCCUAAAAUACUUGACAGAAAUUAUUUCCUAAAAUCGGGGAAGUUGUACCCCAAAAUUAAAAAAGUUGUACCCCAAAAUAGGUUGUACCCUGUUGUGCCCCAAAAUUGUUGUACCCUCGGAAUUAAAUGCCCCAAAAUCCAACAGAUUACAGUUUUUUUUUUAAAUUUGGACGCGGCAUUAUGGGCAACGCGUCUUCAAUUCUAAAAAAAAUAGUUGUCACGAAAUAACAAGAAACGAAUAUGUGAACUUUUUAACGGUUCAAAAGAAUUGUAAGAAUGAUCAUUAUUGAGAAUUCUUAUUGAUAUAACACGACUUUUGAAACCAGGGCCGGCUGCGCGGGGCGAGCAAACGCUCGAAAGAGAAUUGUAUGCCAAUUUUCAUUUUUUCCGUGAUUAUCUGACAAAAACAGUACGUUUCAUGGAUUUUACGGAUUUUACGGCUUCUUGAUCAAGAAGUUUCGAAACCGUAAAAAAAAUUUUGCGCCCAGCCUUGGACUCAUGAGUUGCAAGCCUAAUUUCAGGAAAUUUUGGCUUGCGUAUGAAAACACCGUAUGGCAAUAGCGAUGAAUUGAGUCUAAAUAAUGAUGAUGAUUCUUACCGGGGGUGCCCCUUUGUUUAUUUCGGCAUUUAAUUCCGAUUCUAGACCGAACGCGAAUCACCUGUGCCACAGGUUAAGUAUUCUGUAUGAUUAGCCACUCUCUCGUCUCUAAAAUAGAGAUAAUUCAGAUUUAGAUUAAUUACUGUUAACUUGAUUGUUUUGUGUUGGAAUAAAGGUUUGGAAUAAGCCACAAGGUUUUGAAUAAGCCACAAGGUUUUGAAUAAGCCACAAGGUUUUGAAUAAGCCACAAAAAAGCUUCUAAACAGUUAUGAGAAAGAAACAAGCGGCGAAGCUGCUUGCGAGCGUUAUCUCGUACCGCGCAGCUGGCCCCGGUUUCAAAAGUUUUCUAAGAAUGAUAAUGAGCGAGCCAAAAAUUAUGUAAGGGAGGUAAUGAAAAUGGGAAUGGAUGGUGAAUUGAAAUACGCUUAUAUAAAAGCCAAUGAUGGCUUACGGUAAUAAUUCCAGUUUCUUAAAAUUUUAGUUUUGCCUACAUUCGAAUCAUUGGCAUGUUCCAGUUGGCAUUCUUCAUUACGCCCUUUCCAUUGAAAAUCUUAACAGACAAUUAUCAAGCGUAACAGUGAACAAUACAUUCAUUUAAUUAAUCCCCGUAAUUUCAGAGGCAGAACUUGGAUUGCUGCGAAUUUUUUGCCAGUCUUGUUAGCACUGUUUCAUUUUGUUAUUUCAACUCUCUGCCUUUGCUUUUCAUUCCGCCUUCUUCUCUUAUUGAACUGCAUCAGAGUAGGUUUCGACGUUUCACUGCGAUCGCGCUCUAUUGAGAAACUCUUUUUGCACUGCAGUGCAAUGAUCUCGGGGCUGAGCUUGAAAAAAUGAAUAAGUUCGGUCAUUUUUCCAGUGUAAACAAAUAAACUUCACGGCGGAAAAACUCAAAAAAAAUGAUUAGGAAUAGAGCGCGAUUGCAGAGAAUGCUUCUUUUUUCUCUACAACUUGAGAUAAAUUUCGGACUCUUUAAAAAUUUAAAAGUGUUCAUACUUAUAUUUUUUGAAACAGCGGUGCCGACGUUGGAAUUCUGUUUCAUGGGUGGCAUGGCAAAAAAUUUUCUGUUUACUUCCCUUUGGAACAAUAGUCAACAUUCCUCUAUGUUUCGAAUGGGUCAUUGAUUACGAACAGUGCAUUUACGGGUGAGUUUGCUUCAGAAAUCACAUUCACGGAUAUACAACGUUUAGAGACCAAUUGUAUGCCAUUGGGAGGCCACAUUUGUCAGAAGCAGCAUUACAAAAUCAUAUUCAAACAAAUCUGAUUCGAACUUUUCCUACAAUCAUUUUUUGGUGAGAAUGAUACUCGGCAACUGAAUUAUAGUAUAGGCCUGGUACGAAAAACUCACCGUUUUUCUAUUUGAUUGAUAUUUGGCACACUGAGCAAUAGCGAUGAAUUUAGAUUUCUUUAAACUUUUGACGCGGCAUUAAGACAAUCCCUCAAACUCAACGCCAUUCAAUUCCUCUCAUCUUUUUAAGCAUUUUUAUGUUGACUUCAAAGUUCAAGCUCCACUCCUUCAUCUAGAAAGAAAAAAAAAACUACGAAAUACCCUAAUAGUGAAUAGGCACCAUCGUCAUUUUUUGACCUGUGACCAGACUUUCGUCUUUGAAACUAUUCAGCACUAAAUAUUGUUCACUUUAAUAAACAAAUAUUUUUCAGGCUAGCCGCAAUUUGUGCAUUAGUGUUCAUUACAGCCGAAAAGUGUAUUUUACCAAAACUUGGAAGCCCUUAUGCUGCAAAGCAUAUUCUACUAAUCUCGAAUCUGCAAUCGUUACUAUUGUCACUAAUCCUAUCGCACGCAACAAUACACCUUAUUAAAACUUUCCAUAUUCUGUAUGAUUUGGAAAUAACAGAGUCAAUCAGCGUGAGUCGAAUCAGCCAAAAGAUAGAUUUUUUAUCACAAGAUCCAGGCAAAUUCUGAAGAAAAUUAGGUUCUCACUACGAAGUUUUUCACUAUUAUAGGGGCACCGGACAGAAAGGGCGCGCUGUUCGCAAUCUGGCUGAAUUUUUAGGCCGCGAAGUAAUUUUCACUGAAAACGUGGCCUAACUUUUCAAACUCGGCCCCGAGGUCGCUCAAUUUGCACUGCAAAAAGAGUUUCUCAACAGAGCGCCAUUUCUGUGCGGUGCCUCUAUAAUACACGGUCUCCAGAGCUUGCAAUGGGUGUAAGCGCGCCCCGCCCAAUAGAGCGAUACAUUGGCGCGAAAUUCAAAUUUUAACAGCAAAAUUUGUGUUUUUUGCCAGAUUAGCCACGAAAAACCGAUAAUUUCUCAUUUGUCUCUCUAUAGGCCGAUUGUAUAGACUAUUACGAAUUUUUUAAGCGCAAAAGCGUCAAAUUUGGUCAAGUCGCAAAUCACAUUUAUCCGUUUGAAGGUUUUUGGCUAAAACUGCGUGAAUUUCAGUUGGUUUUCGGUAGUUUUCGCGGUUCGAGCGCUCAAAAUGCUUGUAUUUACGUGAUUUAUCAUUCUGAAAAACCAAUUCUGUCUAAAACCGGUCCAGAUAGCGGAAAAUGAGAAGUGCGGUUUUUAGGCGGCGAUCGGCGGCGAAGGCGAAAAAGCAAAGUCCGCGAAAAAUGCGCCAAAACGUCAUUAAUUCUGAGAAUUAGUGUGUUUUCAUGUCGAACAAUUAUUUUUCAUCGCAUUUGACCACAAAAAUCAGAGAAAACCUGCUCAAUUCAUGAAAACGCCAUUUGGCCGAGGCCACGCCCAUAUUGCUCUGGGAACUCGAUCGCAAUCUAAUUAGAACACUUUGCAAUCUAAUACGAACUCGUUUGAAAUAGAAUUUGCUUCAAUUAGAUUACAAAAUCGUCUAAUUAGAUUACAAUCACUGCAAUUUUUCUAAUUAGAUUGCAAUGUUUUCUAAUUAGAUUGCAAUUUUUUCUUAUUAGAUUGCAAUUCAGGAAAAAUAUAUUGUAAUCUAAUACGAUUUUACUGGAACUUCAAUUAAAUCUGAUUAGAUUGCGAAAUAUAGCUUUUUCUUAUUAGAUUGCAAACUCUUCUAAUUAGAUUGCAAUCGAGUUUCCAGAGUGUCAGCUCUGGAGACCGUGACUACCAAUUUCUCACUAUCAUUUUUACGUUUUACGUUUGAAAUUAAACGUUAUAAUGAAGCGUGUUCCAGUCAAAUUACAGAAUCAGAUAUAUGGAAUCUCAUACGCGCUACCGUUUCCGAUCAUGCUCAUUCUUUCACGAAAGUUCCGUUCACAUCUGUUUCAUUUGAUUAGUAACUUUUUACAAGGGUAAGUAUUUACGUAUUCACGGUUUAUUUUCAAGAACAUGCGAAAAUUAAUUAACAUUCCCGUAAAACUAUUGCAUCAAGAAUGCAGCAAUUAUUCCACAGCCUUAGGGCUUCUGGGCAUGAACUUUUGUAAAGUUUUGCUCUACAGUUUUGAGAUCACCUCAGGGAUACCAUUGGAACUUUGAUAAUUUUAAUGAAUUUGAGACUGGCAAGACGUCCGAGAAUAAGAAAAGGAUCAACUUUUCGAAAAGUGACUUCACAAAUUGCACGACAUAUGGCCUUCAGUAAGCUAGAAAUGGAAAACUCAGAGCUUGAUGAUCGAAUCUACACAGCAAAGCUGUAAGUCCGACAUGAAAUCGUUAAAUUGUUUUUCAAAACAUUUUUAUAUUUGAAGAAUUACGGGGGCGCUGAAGGGUACCAGAUGCCGCGUCCAAAGUUGAAAAAAACGCGGAUAUCUGCUGGAUUUUGUAGUCGAAAAUUCGCAGAAAACCGGGACACGCAUAUUAUAGGGGCACCGCACAGAAAUGGCGCUCUGUUGAGAAACUCUUUUUGCAGUGCUAAUUGAGCGACCUCGGGGCCGAGUUUGAAAAGUUAGGCCACGUUCUCAAUGGAAAAUUACUUCGCGGCCUAGAAAUUCGGCCAGAUUGCGAACAGCGCGCCCUUUCUAUCCGGUGCCCCAAUAAUAGCUGAACGAAUGUUACCGUACACCAUAAAACUACGGUAUUUUUUUUUAAGUUUUAAAGAAUUUUUAAGAAUAGGGUUGCAGAACAGGCGCACGGUCUCCAGAGCUUACAAUGGGCGCAAGUGCGCCCCGCCCAAUAGAGCGAUACAUUGGCGCGAAAUUCAAAUUUUAACAGCAAAAUUAGUGUUUUUUGCCAGAUUAGCGACGAAAAACCGAUCAUUUCUCAUUUGUCUAUCGAUAGACCGAUUUUAUAGACUAUUACGAAUUUCUUAAGCGCAAGAGCGUUAAAUUUGGUCAAGUCGCAAAUCACAUUUAGCCGUUUGAAGGUUUUUGGUUAAAACUGUGUGAAUUUCAGUUGCUUUUCGGUAGUUUUCGCGGUUCGAGCGCUCAAAAUGUUUGUAUUUACGUGAUUUAUCAUUCUCAAAACCAAUUCUGUCUGAAAACGGCCAAGAAUGCGCAAAAUGAGAAGUGCGGUUUUUAGGCGGCGAUCGGCGGCGAAGGCGAAAAAGCGAAGUCUGCGAAAAAUGCGCCAAUACGCUAUUAAAUCUGAAAAUUAGUGUAUUUUCAUGUCGAACGAUCAUUUUUCAUCGCCUUUGACCACGAAAAUCAGAGAAAACCUGCUCAAUUCAUGAAAACGCCAUUUGGCCGAGGCCACGCCCAUAUUGUCAGCUCUGGAGUUUGCUCAAAUCCAGACUGGAGACCGUGGGCGCCUGUUUUCGCCUGCUUUGCAAUUUUAACGUGGAAAAUGUUUCUGCCUGUUCUGCAACCCUACUUGAGAAUAUUUGAAUAUUUUUAAAUUUUCCGGGUAAAUUUUCAAAAAAUACCGUAGUUUUAUAGUGUACGGCACGGCGACCAAAAACGUAGAAAGGGGUGUGGCCUAGCGUGUGCACGGUUUAUCACCAUUUUGGCGCGAAAUUCAAAAUUUAACCCAAUUUUUCAUGUUUUUCGUCAAAAAUUACCCAAAUUUUGUACGAUUCACCUCGGCAAAGGCGCGCCACUUUUGCGCAAACUUUACGCAGCUUUUGCGCAAAGUUAGCGCAGCUUCUGCUGGCUAGUUGCGCAAAAGCUGCGUAAAGUCUGCGCACAAGCUGCGUAAAGUCUGCGGAAAAGCUGCGUAAAGUCUGCGGAAAAGCUUGGAAAUUUUCCGGCCCGGCCCGGUCGGCCCGGGAGGAUGCACCUAAAAAUUCAAAGCGAACUAGAACUUCGAAACGAACAUAAUUUUAUAGACUUAAAAUUUUAUAGACUUAAAAAGGCAAUGUUAUAGCAUAAAAACCUGUUAAAAAAAUAGAAAUUGCUGUUUAAAGUCGCAAAAUUUUCACAAAAAUUACGAAAAUUUUCUCAAGAGUGGGCGGAGCGAUUGAUUGCAACUUUGGCACGCCAUUUUAGCAAUUUUGCCGCACGCGUUUUCCUCUUCCUUCAUAUUUUUUUUGCAUAUUUUUUUGAGGUCUAACUUCCGGGCCGACGAUUUGCUGGCCCGGCCCCGGAUUUGGCAAGCAAAAGCUGCGUAAAGUUUGAAAAAGCUGUCAGUUUUAAAAGUUUGCCCAAAUGCUGCUGCUUAAAAAUGUUCAGUUUAUUUCCAUUUCAUUUCUGCAUGAAAAAACAAUUUUAUUGAGAUAGUAUAAAAACCAGAAACAAGUACCAUUUAGAGAUCAGUGAUUGUAUAGUCUUCGUCAGUUUUAUAACUGAAAAAAGACACGCUGUUAUAAGUGAAAAUGCAGGCGAUGUAGGAGAUACCAUCCUCGAAAUCUUGAAUUCUCAUCUACGAGUUAUAAAAUUCUCUGUUAACUCACUGAAACACUCUUCUGAUUCAUGAAUCGGAGGAGUAACGGCCGUGUCUAUGCCGCGUCUUUUCGCCUUCCGCCAAAAAAAUUGAAUUCCGCUUGGCGCUACGCCCCUUUCUACACUUUUGGUCGCCGUAUACGGUGACAUUCGUUCAGCUGUGAAAUAGACUUCCAAACAUUCUAAUGGGGUUAUUCAGGCUGUGAAAAAAAAAUGAAUUUUUUCCGUUUUUUUCGUUUUUUUACGUCAAAAAACCCAAUUCAGCGAUGUAAAAAACGGAAAACAAACAUACGCUGAAUAGCCCCUGUUGUGUAUUUACGUGACCUUUUGACGUGGCCUUUGACCUUUUGAGUCUGAGCUUGCUCAAAGAGUCGUCCCUACCGACACAACAACUUUUCCUGAUUGCCAGUUGUUAUGUCCGUAGGGAGAGGAAGCUCAGACUUCUAUUUAGAGAGUUUAUUAAGAACUGCCGAGUAUCCCCAAAGUGGACUCUCGAUUAUGAGAACACUCGGUAACCACGUCAAAAGGUCACGUAAAUACACAACAGCCCCAUAAACAAAUUCGAACAACUACACUAAUACUUUGCGGAGGAACUAAUACUUUGUUUCGCGGACUCUAAUUAUUCGAAUUUCCAAUCAAUAUAUAAUUUUUUUCAAUCUGUUACAGAGGAAACGUACGUAGCCUCCUGCGGGAAGAUGUGGUGUAUCGAGUUCGUUUUGCUGUUCCACAGCAAACUGUACAAAUCAUCAGAGAAGAAGAAUCAGAUGAAGGUUCCUCAUUUCGAGACAGCGAAUCUCGCGAAUGUUUUUAA